ACCACUUUUCAAUCCUCCUUCAGUGACUGGCCCUAAAAAAUAAAUGACAAUAAAUACAAUUUAUAUCCCAACUGUUAUAUGCUACUCUAAGCAUGAAAACUGGGUUGAAGGGUAUAAUGUACAGUAUGUAAUAAUAAACAUUUACACAAACACUGAGUGACAUCACAGCCAAUUGUAGCAGUUCUAUAAUGAUUGACCUCUAUUCCAAUCAAUAAUGCAACAACACUGACUAAAAAAGACAGAUGACAGUGGUUGAUACGCUGAAAGAAAUUGAAAGAAAUUGAGUGAUAUUUACUUGAAAAAAAAAAAAGGAAAUUUUACUUGCAUAUUAUUAGUUUAUGAAAAAGAAUUACGAAAGUAACAUUUACAUUUAUCUAAUUUCAGAAAUAGGCAUCCAAACUUCUCCUUUUUGUCCUGUCUAAUUGACCUGUUUUGUUUGCCGCUGCUUGUUUCAGACAAACCUCUUGUUCACAGUAAAAGUUUUUGCAAAUAUCAUAUCUGGAGUCACUGUCAAUCGAAACUAUGGUAUUCCAUGGUCAUGCUGUACCUCCUCAAAAAAAUGGUGCAACCAAAUCAUGUGCUGGUGUGACGAAGUGAAAAAGUUGCUCGCACCAAUGCUACUUCGUGCAAAAGUUAGUGUAAAGCCAUGCAAUUUAAAAUUUGGUAAAGAAAGUACACAUAGCUCUCACACUACACGUGGACAAAAGCAAACAGAUCCAUGUCAGAGUUGUGGCUCCUGGAGCCGAAGGGCUACGUGGCAGAAAGCGUAAUAAGCACAAGGCACAACCGUCUUCAAAUACAAUGUGGCAUUGUUUUACGGAAUAUAAUAUUGCUCAAAUGUAGUAAUUGCACUCGUAAAUUGGUCAUUAGAGAAGCAAUUGUUACCAACACCUCUCAGUAUGAUGCAAUAUUGUGUUCCACAAUAAUGAACAUAUUGUUAUAUAUACCUUUGAGAGCCGGAAUUAAAAAUGAAAAGUCAUAUAAUGUCUUUGGUCUUGCAAGCGCAGUGGCAGAAUGACUGUUGCCUCAUAACUAGAAGGUUGGGAACUUGUUUCAAAUCCAUAAUUUGCAUGUUUUCGCCUUGCUUGCAUGGGGUUCUUGUAUGCUAGGUUCAUUGCAAACUGAAUGCCUUCUAGGUGUGAUUGUGACUUAUGGUUAGCUUUCCUCGUGACCUUGAAUGAGCUUAGUGGCAUAGAAAGUGGAUGGAUUGUUAAGGUCUUGUAUUUACCCUGUUUUCAAUGUUGUGAAUGUUGGGUGACUUAUUGAACAACUCCAGAUCUAACCAACAAGGAAAGACAUUGUCUGCUAUUUAACACGAGGACCUACUGUCAUGGGUGUGUGUUCCGGUCGUUGUCUUCGCCCUGCCUCGUACACACCUGCUCCUGAGCGCAUCUUCACCACCUGUGCCUCGUUCACCCUAAUGACCCCUUGCAUUUAACCUCGUGUCUCAUUCUUUCUAGUCGCCAGUUCGUUGCGCCUUGUCGUCGCGUUCCAGCAUUCCUUGUUUCCACGUCACCGACUCACAGAUGUUCAACCCUCUUUUGAAAACUGAAUGAGGCUCACUGAAGAAGAAAUGGAAUAAAACAAAACGAAAGAGCAGAGAGAGACCCAAGAGAUAGAUGAUCAUAUCAAGUAGUGCAGGGGAAAAUAGGGACGAAAGGAGUGACUGACCCCUGCCCACGAACUCGGUGAAGGCCAUAGAUUGAAAGAGUGACAGGUGGUGCAUGAAAGGAGGGAAAACAGCAGAAAGAAUGAUGACAGACGGAAAACAAGGCCUGCCUCACAGCAAAUCUUGCUCCAAUUAGGACAUCUCUCUACAAGACAAGAUGCUUACAAGAAACCUGCUCCAAUUGGUUUCCAUCUGCCUGUGGGACGGGCUGUGGAAAGGGGCCUUGGCCAGCAAGGUUGUGCGGAUUAGAGGAGGAGGUGGCUCACACGUUUUGAAGAUAGAGGAGAACAGAACUCCAGGCCAAUGGGAAAGCAGCAUGGACACAAAUGUAAUGCCUGUGGUGACGCUUAAAAAUCUGAUAAGUCAUGCACAGGCAGGUGACACUGGACCGCUUUCUUACAUCAAAGCACUGCCCAAUCACGCCAUUCCAUCCACUGUCAUCAAGGAGAGACUAACUGUCAAGCCUAAGCGUGAGGUUGAGUCCGUCAACAAGAAAGAGGUGACUCUGCACAAGGAGUUAAGUCAGGAUUUGACGAAAAUGAAGAACAAUACAAAGAAUGUUGAGACGAAAAUGGGAAAAGCAAUCACAUCGCACCGUAAACUAGACUUACAUUCUAAUAAAACACACAUUAGAUCAAGAGCCAAAAGCAGACUUGAUUUGAGUGUUUACACGACAGGUGUGCCCGGAAAGGGACUAAGCGUUGAAUUGAACCGAAAACUGAACCUCAGCAGAGGUUAUGAGGUUCUGAAAGUGCUGUCAAAAGAGAACCUUGUGAGGAUAGUAAAUUCCCAAAUGCAGAAUGUUCCCGGUCUGAACUUUCCGAGCAAGGGUAGCCGGAGCAGAAAGAGAGAUUUGAUUGACGUUAAUCACGGACAGUUUGAGGCGCAGAAAAUGUCAAGACAAGAUACGUCUUUCACUCAGUCACAUGCUGGAUUUGAUAACCAGACUGCAUUUCCAUAUCUAAAUCCGAUCAGCACUUCAGAUCUUAAUCAGGACCAGAGUUCUGAUACGCAUAUUAAUCCAAUAGGGAAUGCCCCAGGUUUAAGUAAAGGGCAAGAGAAUUUGGAGCUACAAGUUUCCCAUGGUGACGAUAGUAAGAAAAAACAUGCUAUAUUAAUGUCAAUACCUGUUGAAAAAGUAGACCUCAGCUUGAACAAAGAAGUACCAAUCAACCAAACAGAAUCCCCUCUUCAAUUGACAAAACAUUUCCCAAUUUACGUGCCCUCUGAAACAAAUGGAUCGACUUCAUCUGUGCUGACAAUGCAACCCGAGGGAGUCAGACCUGGGAACAAAACAGCAGAUUCCCAUAGAGACCUAUUAACAGAGUCAGUUCACACUGCUCAAACAGAGCACAGCAAAGCUCAUCACUCAGUAGAUGAAGACAGAAAACUUGUCAACAGCAGUCAUGUCCUGAGGCUCCAUCCAGCUCCAGAAUGGAGCCACUCUGCUAACGGGGCUGGGGUGCAGGUGCAGGAUCCAGACAAUGACAAUGGCCUCGUGUUUGAGGAAGCAGAGUCUGAGGAUGAGGCUGGUGAUCCCUUGGAAGAAAAGAGGUCACGCCCUCGCACCAGGAGAAGUUGGAUUUGGAACCAGUUCUUUGUGAUUGAAGAAUAUGCUGGACCUGAACCUGUGCUUAUUGGCCGCCUCCACACUGACAUGGACAGGAAUGAUGGUCGCACUAAAUAUGUCCUACGUGGCGAGGGGGCCGGCUCUGUCUUUGUGAUCGAUGAGAAGACUGGUAACAUCCAUGUCACCAAGCCACUGGACCGCGAGGAGAAGGAUGAGUACCGUCUUGUUGCCACGGCCACCGACAGGCAGACGGACCGUGCCCUCGAGCCCUCAUCACAGUUCAUAAUUCGGGUGCAGGACAUCAACGACAACGCACCUGUCUUUGACGAAGGCCCUUACAGCGCCACCGUGCCUGAGAUGGCAAAUAUAGGCACUUCGAUAAUUCAGGUGACAGCGACAGAUGCUGAUGACCCGACGUAUGGGAACAGUGCCAGACUCGUGUACACACUGGUGCAGGGCCAGCAGUACUUCUCUGUCGAUCCCCAGACUGGUAUUCUGCGCACAGCUGUCCCUGACAUGGACAGGGAGACCCAGGACCAGUACCUUGUGGUCCUCCAAGCCAAGGACAUGGGAGGCCACUUAGGAGGAUUGUCUGGUACCACCACCAUCACGGUUACCCUCUCUGACGUCAAUGACAACCCUCCACGCUUCACUCAGAGUAUGUGGUCCUUCUCGGUAUCCGAGCUGGCCAUCCCAGGUGCUGAAAUAGGACGUAUCUCAGCAAGCGACGCUGAUCUCGGUGACAACGCCAAGUUGGAUUAUACGAUCUUGGAGGGGGAGACUGGCGAUACGUUCAACAUCACAGGAGUAGACCAAGAAGCGGUCAUCAUACUAAACAAGGCUGUAGACUAUGAAAGCCGCAGUUCCUACUCCUUCUCAGUGGAGGUUCUCAACCCUACCGUGGACCCUCGCUUCUUGCGUCGAGGAUCUAUUAAAGACCGAGCUUCAAUCAGAGUCGCAGUGCUGGAUGCGGACGAACCUCCAAGGUUCUCCAGGGCACGAUACCACAUGGAUGUUUCAGAAAACUGCCCUCCAGCCUGCACUGUGGGCCGAGUCAGCGCUGUCGACCCAGAUACUGGUCUAACUAAUAACAUCAGGUUCUCCAUUGAUCCUCAGUCAGACCCAGAGGCUCUAUUUCGCGUCACCCCAGACACCGGCCUCAUCACUACAGCCGUGGAACUAGACCGGGAACGUGAGCACUGGCACAACAUUACUGUCAUUGCCACCCAGAGAGACAACCCCAGCCAGGUGUCUCGGGUUUUGGUUGCAAUCGAGACGUUAGACCUGAAUGACAAUGCUCCAGAGCUGGACAGGCAGUACACGACAGCCAUGUGUGACUCAUCCACCAUCGGAAAGGUGGUGCAGGUGUUGCGUGCGAUUGAUAGAGAUGAGGGAGGCAAUGACAGCACUGUGUAUUUCAGCAUCCCUCCAGAAUCCAGCGUUGCCCUCAACUUCAGUGUCAGGGACAGUGGUGGUCCCACAGCGAGCUUGGUCUUGCUGUCCCAGCUGCAGCCACUGUCCCGUUUUCCAUCUUCCACUCUAACGCUUUACGUGCCACUGGUUCUAAGAGAUGGAACAUCAGGUCUCACCAGCACUGGCACUGUCACAGUGUCUGUCUGUCCCUGCCUGAGAGGAGGGGCAAAGACUGAGGAGAGGGAGAAGGGCAAACAGGCUGAAGGUGAAUGGGACUGGGAACGAGAAGCGGUGUGUCUCCCCCAGCACUCCACGUUGCCUUCGCCCGGCCUCAGCACUGCAGCUCUGCUGGCCAUAUUGGCGUGUGUUGCAACUCUACUGGCGGUGAGUGCCCUGUCAUUGUCGUUGAGGCGUCAAAAGCGUGACUCGCUGUCACCACUGGAGGAUGAUGACGUCCGUGAGAACAUCAUCACAUACGACGACGAGGGCGGCGGUGAGGCCGACACGGCUGCCUUUGACAUCGCGGCACUCCAGAGCGCCCCCCACAGCUCACGCUCACGCGGCUAUCGCACGCUGGACAGCAGGAACGUACGCUACACCCAACGUGGCCAAGAUAAAAGCCGCACCUGCAGCUGGGCUCAGAAUUCCGUGGUUGACCACAACUACUCAGGCCCGGGAGGACCGUUUUAUGGUCGCCUCUGCUACAGCAGCCACACAUUACCAGUUCUACGCCGCGCACCAGGCGAAACAUUUGAACCAGGUCUGGCAGAGCUUGGAUACCGCUUUCCUGGAGUCCUACCGGACCACUCAUUGGUCAUCCGAAACCAGGGUGCUAUGGUUGGCCCGAUCGAGUCAGGGGCUGUGUACAUAACGCCCACAGAUCUCAGCGCAGGAAGCCGAACAGGAAGUCAUGCGGGCAGCCGCGAUGGUACUGCAACCCAGAGUGGUGUGAGCACUUCGGAUGAAGGAACACCACGGACUAGUGACAGCCAGGAGAAACGACGUGGGAUGGGAACGUCGAGCAACUGUACUGAGGAGAGCAAUGAAGACAAAGUGAACCACAGUCAUGAUAUUGACUGGUACUUCACCCUAGCCCAACCCUGGACUGAAACCACUCGUGCUCGCUUGCAUCCCCUCCAGGUGCAGUCGGAGAUGCUACCGAGGGAGCAUAACCUCGUCCUGACUCAAUCCGGCUCCAUGAUUGGCCAGGGUCAUGGCUGGGUGUGCGAUUCAGCCACUCUGCCAAUGGCGGGGCACAAGAGCUCCCGUGCUGGCCUGUCUCCAAAAGGUGCUCAGUCUGACUGCAGCGGAGGAGCAGGAGGAAGCGGAAACGGAAGUGGGGCUACCUCCACUGAUGGACAACAGAAAGCUACCAAUGGUCGCAACUAUACCACUGUCUUGCAGGGAGAGGUACGCAGGCAGAAAGAGACCCCUGGCAGCCUGGAUAGAGGAGGACUAGAGAUGGGGAGCAACUUUGCACUGGCAAGGCCAGAAAGAGAAGGUGGUGGGAUAUCAUUGACUGGUAGUCCAUCUAUCUAUCCAGAAUCACCCGGUUUGAUUGGAGAAUGGCGUGAUCGCGUGGCUUUGGGUGGCUAUGUGUUAGCAAGAAUGGAUAUGACCCCCCAGCUAUUGCCCUUCCCAGGUCAGCCUCGAGGAGCUUAUGGGGGAGUGCUGGGCAUUGGUCCUGGAUGGGUUCCAGGUAUUGAGGCAGCCAGAGCAGCCCCCGGGACGGCAGGUCCCCCUUUGGCUCUUAGGGUGGGCGAAUUCUUACGCCUACGUCUUGCCCAGGUCACAUUUGACCCCUCGCAACCACCGUAUGACUCAGUGCAGAUCUAUGGCCUGGAGGGUACCGGUUCCCGAGCUGGAUCCCUGAGCUCACUUGAGAGUGAAGGAGAGAAAGAUGCAGAUAAGGAGGACUGGGGUGCGGGAUUGGAGCAGUGGGGGCCCCAGUUCCACAACUUAGCUCAACUCUUCCGAGACCGAGAGAAAGAGAAAGAAGAGAAGGAAAAAGUUGAAGAUGGUACCAAAGAGGAGACGAAGGAGCCAGAUAAAAAAGGGGGUGAGAGGAAGGAGAGAGGGGUCAAUAUGAAGCGAAAGAAUGACGGAUAAAAGAAGAAAAAAUAGAGGUAGAGGGAAGAAAGAAGACAGGAGGGAAGAGUAUGAUGAAAAGACUACCAGAACUAGACUAAUGUGAAGAGAAGUUAAAGGAGAGAAAGAUGAAGAGGCAAAGUAAUAAAAAGAGACAGAGAAAAAUGAGCCCAGGGAGGUUGAAGAAAGCGAGGGAAGGGGAGGGCGUGAUUGAUGUAAUUUAAAGCAAUAAGUGUUGAAGCGCUGAUAUGGUUGAGCACAGAUUGUACUGAGACAAUGCAGGGGAUGCUUCUGCUGGCGGCGCCAAAUAUUUCUUAAAAAACUUAGGACAAAGACAAGCAAUCCAAAUAAACAAUACACGAUUGAAUCCAGCAAGUACAUGUGGAAUGGCAAACAGCAGGAAACACAGGUUGUCGUCUAAGUGUGCGUUUAGAAGGUCAGAGAGAAAGUAGGGAUAAGCUUGUGAUUGUCUUUUCUGAGCAUUCUUAUAUGUGUGAAUAUGUUAAAGACAGAGCGAUUGAUGCCAAGAGAAAUAUUAUAAAUAAUAUACAGUGGUACCUUGACUUACGAGUUUAAUUCAUUCCUUGACCACGCGCUUAACUCAAAUCACUCGCAUCUCAAAUCAACGUUCCCUGUUGAAAGAGAACAGAAAUAUGUCACAGCAUUCUAAAGUAUUGUACUUACAUACAGUAAUGUCCAUCCAUCCAUUUUCUAUACGGCUUAGCCUGUUCAGUGUCACGGAGAGCCGAUCGCAGCUGACUUCAGGCAUAAAACAGACUACAACCUGAAUCCGUUGCCAGUCAGCCGCGGGGCACAUAUAGAAGCACACAACUGAAGUCAAGUGAAUGUACCACGACACCAUCAGUGACUUCAGACGGGAAAAAGAUAAUUAAAUAGAAUGUAAAUAAUUAUUUGCAUCAUGAUGUCAUUCUUCAAUUCGAUGGAGAUUGUGCUGCUCCUUCUGAUGUGCGCACCUUGGCCUCCAGAAGAAGCAGUAUAAUACGGAUAUACAUUAUAGAUUUGAUUAUGGAAACGUGAGGAAGACCAUUGCGACUAAGCUGCAGUAAUUAUUAGUCGAUUAGAGCUUCAAGAAUUUGUGCCUGUGAGUAAUGUUAUAUACUUUGCAUGUUUUGGUGCACCGUUUGUGUUCCAAUAUCAGUUGUUUAAGGUUUUAUAUCAAUGCUAGUUUCGUUAGCCCGUCUACAGUGUUUCCCAUUAUGGGUUAGCAUUAAGCUAGUGAUAAUUCGCAAGACAAAGUUAUGUGGUUUAGUUAGUUAAAAUACCCUGCGUGUAAUUCCUUGUUUUAAGUUUAGUUUUAUAGUAAUCUUCAACGGAAAGUAGCAAUAAACAGUUACUGUACUUUCACAGACAAAGUCAAAAAAAUAAAUAAAUAAAAAACGGCCAAGCGCGGGCUCAUAACGUGAAAACCCAUAGGUUGGGGCGCUCGUAAGUUAAGGUAUCACCAUAUACUGUAAUGCAGAUACAUUGCAGUGACUAGAACGUAGCACUCCUUUUUUAAGAUAUUUGUGUGCUUCGUUAGCCUGGAUGUUUACAAUGAACUGUGUACUCAUGAUAAUACAUACAUACGUACAGUAUAUGUUUUCUAAUUACUUUAGUGUGGUACUAUGUGACAGUUCAACUUAAUUUAGUUUCAGGCCUUGAAAUAAACUAGUCGCUAGCCGCUGUUACUCGGAAGGAGAAAACAGACCUCCUACCUUUGGUUACCACUCUCUCAUCUCUCCCUUGUUCCGCUCCCUAACCAUCCAUCCAUCCAUUUUCUGAGCCGCUUCUCCUCACUAGGGUCGCGGGCGUGCUGGAGCCUAUCCCACCUAUCAUCGGGCAGCAGGCGGGGUACACCCUGAACUGGUUGCCAGCCAAUCGCAGGGCACAUACAAACAAACAACCAUUCGCACCCACAUUCACACCUACGGGCAAUUUAGAGUCGCUCCCUAACCAAUGGCACUAAAAAAAAUAAAACGUAAAAGUCCCAUGCCAUCAAAAUCCAUUUUUCCCCACUGUUUUAUGCAUAAAUGAGUACAGACCCUUUCCAAAAAAAUUGAUUAUCAUGGAAAAGUUUAUUUCCAUAAUUCCAUUCAAAAAGUUCAACUUUCAUAGAUUAUAGAUUCAGGGCCCACAAUUUAAAACAUUUCAAGUAUUUAUUUGUUUAGUUUUACAUAAUUUGGGCUUCCAGCUCAUAAGACACACAAAAUCAGGAAUUGAAAAAAUGAGAACACUGAAGAAAUCAGCCCAAAUUUUGCAGUCCAUAAAUGUUUUAAACUGAUUGUCACAUACUAAUAACCUCCUAAAGUCAAAGCACCUGCACCGGUUUCCCCAUGUCUCAUUAAAUUUGUUCAGUUGGUUCAAUAUGGGAAAGACUGCAGACUUGACAACUGCCCAGAAGACCAUCAUUGAUACCCUCCAUAGAAUGAGUAAGCCACAGAAGUUCAUAGCUAUGGAGGCUGGCUGUUCACAGGGUGCUGUGUACAAGCAUAUCAAUGGAAGGACAAAAUGUGGCAGGAGAAGAUGCACCAGCAAAAGAGAUGACCGUGGGCGUCGGCGAAUUAUCAAACAGAGAAUGUUCAAGACUAGCAGAGAUCCAGAAAGAGUGGAAUGAAGCGGGAGUCACAGCUUAAAAAAACACCACAUUCAGACGGAUCCGGGAGAUGGGCUACAACUGUCGUGUUCCUCGGUUCAAGCCACUUCUUAGCCUGAGCCAACGUAGUAAGCGUCUCACUUGGGCCAUGGAGAAGAAGGACUGGACUGUUGGCCAGUGGUCCAAGGUCCUCUUUUCCGAUGAAAGUAAAGUGUGCCUUCCAUUCAGGAAUCAAGGUCCAAGGGUUUGGAGGAAGACGGGUGAAGAACAGAACCCAAGCUGCUUGAGGUCCAGUGUGAAAUAUCCACAGUCAGUCAGGAUUUGGGGUGCAAUGUCCAGUGCGGGUGUUGGUAAACUGCUUUCUUAAAUCCAAGGUCACCGCAACAGUCUAGCAGAAUGUUUUAGAGGACUUGAUGAUUCCCUUUUGCUGAGGAUCUGUAUGGAUGUAUUUCAUCUUUCAGGAGGACCUGUCACCUGCCCAUACCGCCAGAAGCACCAAAACCUGGUUUGAUGCCAAUGCCAUCACAGUGCUUGACUUGCCGGAUCUAAACCCCAUUGAGAAUCUCUGUGCUAUUAUCAAGAGGGAAAAUGAGGGGCAACAGACCCAAAAACAAAGAAGAACUGAAAGAAAGCAUCAAGGAAAUCUGGGCUUCCAUAACUCCCUGGGAAUGCCACAGGCUGAUUGCCUCAAUGCCACAGCGCAACGAGAUUCCCAACCAAGUAUUGAAGAUUAACAUAUCGUUUUGAAAGUACCAUAUUUUGAUUGAUUUGAUGUGACCCUGGCGGCACGGUGGCCGACUGGUUAGAGCGUCAGCCUCACAGUUCUGAGGUGCGGGGUUCAAUCCCCGUCCCCGCCUGUGUGGAGUUUGCAUGUUCUCCCCGUGCCUGCGUGGGUUUUCUCCGGGCACUCCGGUUUCCUCCCACAUCCCAAAAACAUGCAUUAAUUGGAGACUCUAAAUUGCCCGUAGGCAUGACUGUGAGUGCGAAUGGUUGUUUGUUUCGAUGUGCCCUGCGAUUGGCUGGCAACCAGUUCAGGGUGUACCCCGCCUCCUGCCCGAUGACAGCUGGGAUAGGCUCCAGCACGCGCGCGACCCUAGUGAGGAGAAGCGGCUCAGAAAAUGGAUGGAUGGAUAAUGUGACCCUAAUUUCUUUCUUUUUUCCUACAAAAAACGAGAAGUAAAUUGUGAUUUCUUCACAGUAGUCUAAUUUUUUUAAUUCCUAAUUUUGUGGGUUUUAUGAGCUGCAAGCCCACAUUAUGUAAAAAUAAACAAAUAAUAAUAAAAUAAAUGAGAUUAUUACCUUUUAAGCGGAGUUAUAGAAAUAAAUAAACAUUUCCAUGAUAUUGAAAUUUUUUGGAAAGGGUCUGUAUGUGAUCUAUUUUAAAUUUGACAUCCAUGCAGUUUGUCAAUUAAACACAAAAGACAAUAAACGGCAUAACGCUUGUAAAAUGACUGGAUCAGAUUUCCAUAAAUUUCAUAAAGUCUUAAAAAGUUACUAAUUAUUUAAGUAUCUGUCCACUUUGUGGUUGGCAGACGUUCACUCAUCUCAAGGAAAAUGGCUGAGCGACAACGCGGCUGUGUCUUGUGCAAAGCUUUUCGUCAUCUGCCAACCGCGGAAGAAUUUAGGAAUAAAGUGCUUCAAUUUAUUUUGGGAGAAAUUCCUCAGCAUUUCGGAACCAGAACUGUGCUAUUUGUGGGCACAUUUUUGUGGAUGAUGACUUUCACACAUGCCGGAAGUGCAUUUCCGGUUUUAGAGCGAGUGGCCCACUCGGGCAGCCGCCGCCGAGCCACACAAACACAGUAUAUAAAGCACACACGUUUUGUGUUUUACAACAACACUUAACUACAUUCAUAACUUAUAAAGAAACUGAAAUGAAAUAAGCGAGGCUUGCAGUCAUUGUUGCCAAAACGUGCACCAGCGAUAAACUGUCGCGCGUCGUGUCACAUUCAAGUUAAUGGGAGUGAAGGAUGAACCAGACCUCAAAAUAUCCCCUGCCCUUUAUUUUCACCCACGUCCUCUGUAGCAAUCUGCAUCUUCCCUGAUUGCUACUCUAUCUCCCUCUAUCUUUAUGGUUUCAUAAAAGUGAUAAAGUACUAUAUACUGUAUGUGUAGCCUGUACACUGAUCACCGUUGAGGGCGUCACGCAACAUCGCUUUGAAAGCUUGGCUUCCGCAAGACGGUCGCAUGCCAAUAGCCAAUCACACCGAAGCUGUUUUACAGAUUUAAAAUAAGAAGAACAGCGAUUCAAUCAGGGCAAAGCUUAUUUACAUAUCAAAUACUAAUGAGAAAUCAAAUUGCCCGAAAAAGGGUAUCCUGGACAUUUUCAACCCAAAUUAUCUUGCAGACCCGAUAAAAGGACAUGUGGUGAGAACAGCAUAUUGCAAACAGACUACUCAAAUAUUUUAAAGAAGCAGAGCAUAUUCUCGUCACUGCAAUGUACAGUAUCUGCGUUAUAUAUAUAUAUAUAUAUAUAUAUAUAUAUAUAUAUAUAUAUAUAUAUAUAUAUAUAUAUAAAAUAAUUCUCUGGGAUUUGUAUCCUUGGCUACAAUGAGAUACAGUAUAUUGUUCAGAACGGGAAAGAAAUUAAAACAGGAUACCACACAGGCACUUGAAUAGACUGUAUAUUUGAAUACAAAGCGAUAAAUGGAACAAGAGAUUGCUAUAUACUAUACACAAUGGAAAUGAUGAAUCAUUCAAAUACUCAAAAAGACUCCUUUCAGCCCUCAAGGAAAACAGACAUUGUUAAAAUUUCAAUGAUUUCAGGAUGUGAUCUCCCCCACCACUCCCACUCGUUUCCACAUCUUUUAGUAGUUGAGUGUUGCUAUGUUUACAAAGAUGCUCACAUAGGCGCAAUGGAACUCAUUUACACUCCAAGGCUUUGAUUGUACUACAGCCAAUUAUAAACGCAAACACAUCCACUGUAUGAUGAGUAAUGAUGAGUCCAUUUCUGAUAUCGUAAAUGUUUUAUAGAAGAACUAUAUUUUAUGUAUAAAAAACGGCCCUGUUGUCUCACUUGAUGCGUCUUGAAGACAAUGAAUGACUUUUGCUAAAGGAUUAAAAAAGAAAAACACCCCCUAAAAGUCCCACUUUAGAACCCAUACUGCCGAAAUAAACAUCCUUGUAGUUAAAACAACACCACGUUGACUGUUCUUAUUUUCUUGUAUAAGGUCAGGAUGCAAAUGAUUCUUCAGCUAGAAUGCACAUUCAUACCGUGUAAUAGAUGAUGAAUUAUGUUCAAGAUGAUAGUUGUCUUUAUAAGAUGUGGAUUCAAGAAAAGAUACACUGUUCAACUGUAUGUCAAAACAAUUUCAAUGUAAAUAGUGCUGGAUAUUAUUGCAGAAAGAAUGAUCAAUGAGUUUUGUUUAUCUUAUUCAGAAGCAGAACUUACUGUACAUGUCCAAAUGGAUCACUGAUAGGACUUGUCUGUAUGUACUGUAGAUUAGGGGGGGGGAAAAAAAGUCAACUAAACAAUGUAUUUCUCAUUUGUCCAGCACAUUGACAUGACUGGCUUUUGUUUUAUGGCAACUCUAAACCAGCCACUCACUGGUACUUGUGGCCUCUGAAUGAGGUUUUUUUGUGCAAAAUAUUAGUCACUGGAUGCUUCAGAGCGAUAUGGUCCCGCUGGGAAACUUUUUUUGAUGAAAAGGCAGUGAAGUGGAUAGAAACUCUAUUAAAAUGCUAAAAUAAAAAUCCAGUUGCUAUAGUUUUCCCCAAAACUGUAGAAUAAUACCCUGCUGUGGAAUUUGCAAUUGGUUUCAAAGGCAUAGUCGUCGGCGUGGCAUCGCCUGAGAGGUAUGAGAAUCGUUCAUAGUUCACAUAUUGAAUAGAGAGGGGACUGAUUAUUACCUGAAUGAAUGCCACAGGCUCUUCAUACAUCAUUGGCUUCUUUGUGACUUUUUCUAUAUUUACACGGAGAGUAAUAUUACACCAUAAAUACAUUUUUGGGGAGGAAAAAGACACUCCAGUGUAAACACUGCUUUAUAAUUCUACAUGACUACUGUCACAUUCAUAGUUAUAUAUAGUAUAGUAUCGUACAGUAUAGUAUAGUAUCUAAAUUUGGACAUCAGGUGUUUCCAAUGGUAGACGUGUACACCUUAAUUUCUCUUUGUCUAGUUUACUUUGUGACAGUACAGCAGCUGGCAGAAAGCCUCUGGCCCAUGUUUCUUCUUUUAUUGUAUUUAUCAGUAGUUAGCUAAUUGGGCUAACUCCGAGACAUUUACAAACAAGAACAUCCAUUUCUUGGCUAUGAGGAAUAGAUAGAAUGAAGGACUAACAUUUCUUACCACUUGCACAAUCUGUUGGGAUCCAAUAUGUGAUACUGUAUGAAGAAAUUUGACAUUUCAUCGGUCAUAGGGUAUUCACAAUAUGAUGAUUAAUGUAGGUGUCAUUUAAAUUCCUGUAGAAGACUAGCUAAUAUUUUAAAUGACAAGUUGGGUAGCAAAUGGGAUCACCAAAAUAUUAGAAAAAGCUCUUAGUUUGACAGUGUAAAUAAAAACAGAGCAUUAUUAAAUUUGUCAAUUGAAAUACAGCUCUUGUAUUCGAUCUCAUUUGUUUGUCCAGGAGGUUAUAAUAAUGGCGUGGCUGGUCAGGGUAGCAACCAAAUGUGGGAGGUACUUUUUUUUUUCAACAUGUAAACAGAUCAAUAGCUGUGCCAUUGUUGUCCAUGCAGCCAGUAAGGAUUUAACAUUUAGACAUUGAACUACAUCAGCAAUGAUACAAUAAAAGCCUCAAAGUUUAAAACAAUCACUUUACUUCAAAUAUUUAAAGGAAAAAAUAUGCUUUUUUAAAACAAUUUAAAACAGAGGGUUGGAUCUCACUGCCACGUUACUACUGGCGCUUGGCCGUUUCCUCUUCUUCCUCACUUGGUGACGAGUUUUAGCGAUGGCCUCCUGCUUGCUUCUAGUAGCGGAAGCAGACCCCAGAGUGUGGAAAACAAGUGCGUACCCUUUAAGACAAUGACGACAUUUUUGUGGCGCAUGGACACAUCGCCAAACACAAACAUCCCUGCCUCACCAAAAGUUUCACGGAGAAACCAAGUGUCGUUUAUUAGAAGCGAAAGCCGCUAAAACGCGUAUAAAUGUGAACCCAGGAAAACUCAAUGAAACCCUGCUUACCGUGCAAAGCCAAUACAAAGUGAUUUAACCAUAUCCCCAGUCUCCACACAAACACACACACUAUGGGCACUAUUUUCGUAGACGGCGCAUCUGUGGCAGCGUACAAAUGCCAGAGGAUUAUGAUUUUCAUGCAAGUGCGAGGCUCGCUCCGUAUUUGCCAGUUUGGCAGACCGCUCUGCGCCAAGCUAGGCGUUCCGGCGCACUGAGGGGGUGUCCUUGGAGAUGCUCCUGGCUGAGUGACAAUUUAGCGGCAGAAUGUCAGUCUAAACUAACACCUGCUCAGACCACGUCUAAGUCCUGGCCCAAGGUGGACCACUGGUCGAUUUUGGACAAAUGGAUCGGGCCGCAGGCGGACACAUACUGAUACAGAUUGUAUUGAUGGUGACAGUUCGACUCAGUCAAUUGAUUCAAUAAAUACGUUUUAUUGAGGAUAGAUUUUUUUUGUUUUGUUUUUAAUCCAAAAGCAUUCAAGGACAGUCACUGUUCUGAAAUUAGAUUGUGUUUGGCUUUCGAGGUUCCACUGUAUCUCCCUUUUUGACCUGUUCAGUUUAUCAUCGUACAUAUUUAUGCUUUUCUUCGGGGUAAAGGACUUAUUUUUAUGUUUCCAUAUCAAUUUGGGAAUUUAUGAAGGCACAAACAUCAAAUUACAGGAAGCCUUCAGUGAAUAUAAUUCUUUGUUCUGCCAACAUAAAAUAAAAAAAGUGGGGGUGCAAAACCUCACCAGAUCUGCAUUAUGUUGACCAAAAUAAUCAAUUCAUUCACUUUGUAGCCAAACAAAGUGCAUGGCGACAAAUAAUGGUGUGGGUUUGUUUCAUUUCUCAUGGUUCAACCAGUAGAUUUUUCCUCAAUUUAGCAAAUGUCCAGAUAGUACAAUAUACAUACCUUUACGGGCUUUCAACAAUAAUCUAGAGGUAACAAAUCAUUUUUUUUCAACAUCUGUCUGUCUCCUUUUGAAAAUGGACUCACACACAAAUAAAUGAGGGAGUCAGUGUUUUCGGGCAUCAAUCAGAAAGCAAUUCGCUCCGUUAAAGUACACCAAUAAAUGACCUGUAUUUCUAUUUUACACAUUAAUCAAACCACGCAACUCCACAUGCACAAUUGGCUCCAGGUCCUUCAUAUAUGCUUAUUGGUCGAAUUCAAAGCCUGACACUGUCUGAUCGGUCCAAAUCAAAGCAACGAGUCUCUAGAGUCAUGCGGCACCACAACAAAUAAAACCACUUGGCAGAACUGAUUACUAAACCUUGUGAUCAAGACAAAUUGAUUCCAUCAAAGUGUGAUUAAUACAAUAAUUUGCAUUCAAUUGAAUAAAAGAACACGCACUCUGCGGCUCCCCGCAGCUUUUGCAGCCACAAAGUAGCUGAUUAGACACAGAAAAAAAAUUCAAUUUGAAGGUUGCUAUUUGAAUAUCUUAAUGUACAGUAUAUGACAUGAAGGCCCUUUUCAUCCAACCUUAACAUAUACCGCUAGAUCCAAUUGUUUUUGCACCUCCGCCUAGUGUGAUGGCUCCUGCACGAUGUCGAUACAGUUCUACAAUUGCGUGCUGUACAAAGUGUAUUUAUUUGUGUUGUACUUUUUCUUUUUGUAAAUUUGAAUAAAAAAGGAACUAUUUCAAAGAGAGGAA